AUGUCAGUCAAUGGAGAAGCAUUCUCCAAAGUAGAUCUUUCUUUUAUUGAGGAAAUCGAUGAAACGGAUACUCUAGGAUUCCGAGCACUUUCUACGGACGUACUUCUUUUUGAACAUGAAGCUGCACACUCCUUACUCACCCAACCAUCCAUCAUUUCUCGUGAAUUAUUUACCAUCUCUAAUACUCUUGGACUUUUUGCCUAUGUAAGCGAUAAAGGAGUUCAUAUUUCAUCACUUACAUUGGCACACAAACACCUACAAAAACCAUCUUCCAAUCAAUCUUUAUAUUGCUAUGAUACAAAAUCUAUUACUCCUAAUAUGAUUAAAUUCUCUGAAGAUGGAAUGUUUUUAAUGAUUGCAUUACAAAAAGAAUUGAUCAUCAUUGAAAUGAUCAUUCCCGACAAGUUUGAGAAGACUCUCUACUUUAACAUUCAUAAACACACUCUAGAACAAGAUAUAUUUGAAUUUGAUGCAUCGAAGCCUUCUAAAUUAUUUAUCGUAACCUCUGAUGAAAGAUGUAUAUAUUUAGAUUAUUCUAAUUUAAGUGACUUGAAGUGCACUACAUUGAAAUGCAUUGACAAGGUAUCUACUGUGAGCUCAAAUUCUAAAGUAAUACAUCAGUCAAGAUUAUUAGUAGGAACAAAAAACGGAUGUAUAUGCUUAGUGGAUUUUAAAUCAGAUCAACUCUUAGCAAAAUGUCAAAUCAAUGAGCAAGAGAAUCAACAAAUCUAUUCAUUGAAUUGGUUUGAUGAUGAGCAUGCUUGUUGUUCAUUGGUCGAUAAUUCUUCAUUUUUAGAAUUUUGUAUCUUUACUUUGGAUACAGAGAAUUACAAUCAAUCAUUUGUUACCAAUUUGGUAAAUUCAGAUACAUUCUAUGCCAAUGAAGGAAGAGAAGAUCCAAGUUGUAGAAUUCACUCCUACUAUCUCUCUCAUUGGAAAGUAUUACUUGCUACAUCAAGCUCUGAUUUUAAAAUUGCAUUAUUUACAAAAAACUCUGUGAACAAUAACUUUGAAUUAGCUCCGUUGAAAUUACCAGUAGAUACUUUUCCUAGACAUGAUGAGAAGGAUGCAUUUCCAAUUGGUUUUGAUAUUGAUCUAUGUUAUACAAAGACUGUACCUAAUAUUAGAGAAAAGUCUGAAGAAGAUCAUCCACCACCACCUUUGGUUCAUGUGUAUUUAACCUCAGGUGAGCAUGUCAUUUAUUACUUGGCUAAAUUUGGAGAAACAACAGCAUAUCCCAAUGAUUAUAAGAAUGAUAAGGUGAAUAUUGAACAAAUUAGUGAAUUGAUACCAUUCGAAGAAAAGCCCAAACCUGUGAUGACAUUAACACAACCACCUCUCAAUCAGACUGUUAAAACUGAUGAGGUCGAACCAACAGCAGUUCCCAGUAUCAACAACAUUCCCAAAAUGGCCACAACAACACCAUUCAUGCAAUCUCAACAACCCUCGUUAGGAGGUACGAGUAUGGGUAUGAAUAAUGUUCCAUUGCCUUCAUCAAAAACAUUUUCUCAACAACCAUCCGCACCAUUCAUGGAGAAACCUCAUACCAAGUUUCCAACCACCGCUAUGAAUGAACCCUCUCAACAACAGAAACAGCAAAUACCAUCUUCUUUAAAGACCAAUGAGGUAACAACAAAAUAUGAACCAUCUCAACCAAUCUCUUUAAAAACAUCUCAACAACCAUUAUUACCCUCAAAACUUCCAAAAAGCAAACCAAUACCUUCAUUGAAGAAGCCUCAACACACUCCAAAAUCCAAAGCAACCAAGCACGUACUAUCUUCACAAUUAGUAUCUUCUCGACCUUCUAUUCAGUUACAACAAGCUCCAAAAAGAAAUAUUUCAAAAGAUCUCAAAUCAACUCUUUCUGAAUAUGAAAACAAUGUGAAAAAGGAUUUGACUAGAAUUAAAUCAAAGGCAUCUACAUCUCAAAUCGAUAAGAAAAUUUUGGAAUUUAUUAAUCGAAUGAUUGAAGAUAGUCAUUCCAAGAUGAAAAGAUUCCAAUCACUGAUUGCAAACAUUUCAGCCAUUGAAGAACAUGCUGAUAAUGACUAUAAUUUCACGAGUGAAGAUUUGAGAGUCAUGAAAAGUAAUUUAGAGAACAUUUCAAAGAAUCUCAUCAAGAAGGAUGAUUACCAUACUCUCUCUCAGAAAGUCUCACAAUUAUUGGAUAAACAUGUCAAAGAACGUGCAUUGGCAUCCUUUUUAGACCUUGAAGUUAAAUCAAGAAUGACUUUAAACAAUUCUUCACAACAACAAUUGAAUGGUUCAAGAACUUUCUCAUGUACUCAACACAAGGCUCACGCUGUUAUGGCUAGAGGUCUCGAUGAAAAUGCUCAAACUCUCAAAGAUAUGAUUGAUCAAAAGUAUUCCAAUGUCUUGUUGAAUAUUGAUAACUUACAACAAGUCAUUUUGAAAAAGAAACAUGUGCCAAUGAAAAAGCUUCCCACUUUAUUGUGCCUUCAAGAUACAUUGAAUAUUCAGAGAGCAAAGGCUAUUGAAUGCAGAGAGCGAGUAUUACAAUUGUUGGAAAAGAGAAGAAAAUUAUCCAUUCAUUUCACCACUCCUCAUGAACAACAAGGUAACCACAUGAACUCUUCUCUAAUGAUGGCAGUAGCGAAAAAAACACGUCGUCAUCAUGCGUUACUUUCAAGACCUUCAACGAGUACGAGCACAUCAAGAUUUGAUCGUUUAAAACAAUUGUUGAAUCAGAGAAAGGCUGACACCAAUGUCAAACCAAUGCAAGAAGAAGAAGCUGAAGAAGAGAAUGAAGAGGAGGAUAGCGAUGAAGAGGACAAUGAAGAGGAAGUAGACUUUUCAGAGGAUCGCAUUGAAAAGAGUCAAAGAGACGACGCCAUGAGAAAGAUUUCGAAUGGUACUACUCCAUUCAUUCCACCGACCAGCUCUUCUCUUCACAAAGAUUUUAUGAAAACCACUACAUUACCUCCUUCUCAAAAACCAUUGUUUGGAGUAAUAACAGCUCCUCAACCCUCAAUGCUCAAUGCUACUUCUACGACUCCUCCUAUCACUACAGCAGGUGUUAAGCAACCAACUGCAAUGAGCACUACUAUGGGAACAACCACUACUACUACUACUACUCCUAUCAAUAAUAAUGCAAUUCAACCUAACAUGCUUGCAUCAAAACCAUCAUCCUCGUUUUCAAACAUGCCAUUUACCAGUUCUAAUACAAUGACUUCAACAGGUGGUGCCAUUCCAUUUAAUUUUGGAAAAGAUAAGACACAACCUGUGAGCAUGAGUAACAACAGUACUCUGAGUGACACCACAUCUACCACCUUGACACGACCUCAGCAAACAAAACCUGUGACUAUGGCUACCAGUAGUGAGAGUUCCCAAGGGAAUAGUGUUGGGCUACAAUCGACCUCAACUACAAGUUUACCUACAGACACUAAAAAGGAUGAAAAGAAUAGUCAAAGCGCAGAAUCAACCACAGGUGUUACUACUAGUACAACCAGUAGUAGUGGUUCCUCCUCCACUCUUCCAAAACCAUUUACUAGUAGUAUUGCUGUCCCAACAAGUGCUGCAACUGCUAUUUCUGCUACUAGUACUCCAAGUGCUGCUACUACGAAUACCACAAAUACAUCAAGUGCUGCUACUACGAAUACUACGAACACACAAUCCUCACUCGCACAAGGCACCAAUAAUCCAUUUACAUUUGCAUUGAACAAGAGUGAUACUUCUACUACUCCAAAAGAUGUCUCAUCCAUCUUUCCUUCAUCCCUUUCAUCAUGGAAUACAAACUCUUUCGCAGCCACCACAACACCACCCUCUGCAAACAGCACUAUAGAAAAGAAUACAACCAACCAAAUUGGUAGUGGCAAAUUCUUUGAAGCACCACCUUCCAGUAGUACUGAUUCUUCUAAAUCCAUGAUACUCGGUUCUACGACCUCUGCCAAUAAGACAGGUCCGAUUAUUAUUGGGUUGAGCAAUCCAACAAAUGACAACACCAACACUGGUACCAACAACACGAGUACUACUACUACUACUACCACAGCCAUGACUCAACCUCCUCUCUCCUCCUCCUCCUCCUCCUCAACGAGCAUGGCUAAAGAUACUCUUAGCAAGACAUCUGAGGCUAUUCCAUCAACCACAACAUCAACGACGACCAACACUUCUUCUAUUGAUGUUGUCAAUAAGGAACAAGAAAGUAAGGCUUCGAUUGACUCGAUCAGUAGCAAUUCUGCCAAUGUGAUCAAUCCGAAUGAAAAAUCUUCAUCUGCUGGCCAAUCAGAGAGUCUCCAACCAACUCUAAAGAUUGGAGGAGAGAAAAAGGAAGAUACCUCAACAACAACCACACCCUCAACAGUACCUACAAGCUCUGCAACAACAGCUCAUCCUACUGCAGUACAAGGUACUAUUACUAGUGGUAUUGGCAUUGGUACUGGUUCAUCAUCAACACCGUUAUCAUCAUCGACAACAACACCCAUGACACAAUCCAAUACUACUACUACCACAACUACUACAACACCCACGACAACGGCAAGUCCAUUCCCAACCACAAGUAUGACUGGAUUAGCUCCAACUCUACCCUUGUCAAAAGCUGCAACAUCAUCUUCUCUUCAACAAGCUGCUACAACAUCCAAAGUACAAGAUGAAAAUGAUAUGGAUGAAGACAUGAGUGGAGGAGAUGUUGGUGGAUUGAACUCACUCUCGUUGGGAGGAAAUUCCUCAGUCAGCACUACUACUAGUUUACCAUUCAAUACUUCUUCAUUUUCGAAUACCAUGAGUGGUUUCAAUAUGGGAUCCUCUCAACAACAAGCUAAAAGUUCCAUUUCCAGUGCAUUCCCUACAAGUACUAGUAGUAGUAGCAAUCCAUCAUCAUCCAUGACGAGUAGCGGUUCGAGCUUUUUUGAACCUCCAAGUACUCAAAAUGCACCCUUCUCCAAUCCAUCCAUUUCAAACACACCCUUCUCAUUUACAUCAUCCAAUAACUCAUUUGGAUCAGGUGGUACAUUUUCAUUCAAUUCAGGAAGAAACACAACAGGUGGUCAAGGAGGAUUUGGCUCUGGUUCAUUUGCCAAUACGACUACUUCUUCAUUCCAAUCAGAUACAAGCAAAACAGGAGGUGCUGCAUUUGGUCAAUCAGGAUUUGGAUCCAAGUCAGUGAUGGGUGGUACAAGUGCACAACCUUCAGCAAUGCCAGCAACAGUGGGUGGUUUUGGUCAAACAACAGGAGGAUUUACAACAUUUUCAAAUCCACCUUCUGGAUCGAGUGCAUUUAGUGCAUUGAGUUCCAAUAGCAACACUGGUUCAAGUCCUUUCAGUACCAUGAUCAAUACAUCGUCGAGCACUCCUUCAUUCCUUCAAUCACAAACAACAUCGAAUCCAUCCUUGUUCACAAGUAAUACUGGCACUGGUGGUAGUAGUACAGGAUUUGGAAGUGGUACAUUUGGUACAUUUGGUAGUUUUGGUCAUUCCUUCCAACAAUAA